AUGAAUAUGAAUUUAGUCUGCACGUGAAUGAAAACUUAUAAUCAUAUGGUAGAAUGAGCACCAGGACUCGCUUUGAAAAUGAGACCAAAGGUAAUUCGAAAAUGGCCUAAUGUUCGCGAAUAUUCCAUCAUCUGGACUUUGAUCUAAAAAUUACUUCCUCUUAGCACGAUUUCCUAACAAAUUGCGAAACUCGAGUCUCCUGAAUUACGUCUCCUUUAUCUGCAUGAACCUAAGUGUCCCAAGCAAAACAAAAUGAAUACAAACUCAAGUUAUGACGUUAUUAUUGUUGAUAUACCUGUCAAAACUUUCAGACGCCACCCUCAACCUCGUUUUCAGGCCCUUCGAAGGGAUGCCAAUUUUUGUUAACGACGCGUCUUAAGUUUUUCAUCAAAGUAAUGGGCGUUUUUGGACUCUUUAGUUUCCUCAAACCAAUCGAAGAGAUUUGGACAACGAUCGAACUACGAGAGAAACAGCUCGUCAUAGAUGGAUCAGCUUUAUGCAACUCUCUCUACGCAGACAAUGGCUUCGAUCGACGACGUGGAGGGCAAUAUGAGGAAUUCUACAACAUAAUAAUGUCUUUCUUUCGAUCUCUCCGUUCUGUGGAUGUAGAAUCAUUCGUAGUCCUGGAUGGCGCAAAUAUCAGCGAUAAUAAAUUGGACACCUACAAAAAGAGGUCAAAAGAGAAAAUUCAGACAGCUGAUAUGCUUGCAAAGAACCCAGCAGCAGCAAAUAAGGAUGUCUUCGUGUACCCUCUUUUGUUGAAUUUUGUGUUUACGCGAGCACUCAGGGAUCUUGGCGUAAAAUUCGCUGUCUCUGACUGUGAAGCGGAUUCUAAAAUCGCGUCUUUGGCUAAUGCUUUGAAAUGCCCUGUUCUAAGCAACGACAGCGACUUCUUUAUCUUCGAUAUUGAAGGUGGUUUUAUUCCACUCUCCUCUUUCAAGUGGCAGAGGUGUCCCUCAACAGCCCGCAUUUUCUAUCGCAGACAAUUGGCAGAGUAUUUUGGAAUUCUGUCAGAAUUGCUUCCUCUAUUUGCCUCCCUGGUGCGAAAUGAUUACGUAAACUUGGAGCUACUAAAGCCAUUUCAUGAGAAUUUGCGGCUGCAGGGCACUUCUGGAAGUAAAAAAGAAGAAAAGUUCCGAGCCAUUGCGAAACUUCUUAAAAAAGCACCUACAUCCACAGAAAAAGAGGCGAUUGAAUUUGCAAUACGACGUGUUCCUCAGGACAGAAGUAAGAAUGAAUUAAGACGAGCUAUCGAGAUUUCCCUCCAAGAAUACACGAUCAGAGAAAGAGAAAAGCAUUUGGUGGGAUAUUUUCAAGGCAAUGAUAUCUCAAGCUCUCUUAAAACUCAAAACAACCAAGAAAUUGAAGAGUGGGUUUUGCGCAGGUUCCGCGAUGGAAGGUUUUCCACCAGUUGCAUGAGCAGUCUGGUGUCAGGGAAAGUCUUGCUUAAAUUUCAAGUGGAAAAUUUGCAAGAAACGUCGGCAAAUCACUGCUCCCAGUCUUUGAGAAGAUAUAUCUAUGGAAUUUUAAACGGUGCCCCAUUGCCUGGCGGGAAAAGCACGAUGGUUCAAGAAUGGGACAGAGUGGGUGAUCAGGUCAAGCCUUCAAGUAUCUCACCCACCGAUGGUGAAAACGUACCAUGUUUGAAUGAGAUACCAUGCCUUGAUCCGGAUAAGAAGUUAGCGUUGUUCUUAGACGCGCUUGACUCAAACACAACCAACAUCAAGUCAUUGCCGGCGGAGUUAAAGUUGGUUGCAGCGUCACUUCGUUUUUGGGCCAGAAACGCUUACUCAAAAUUGGAACCCAACCAUCUUAGCGCUAUACUCUGCAGUUGUGUUAAACUAGAGGACGGCUCAUGGAAAGAAUAUUUGGAAAGUUGCGAUGGUGAAGCCUUUGAUGUGCGAGCGGCGCACAGCUUUUCUCAGUGGCAGUGUGUUUUGAGAGAUGUCAUCCAUCUAAACUGUGUUUUGGAGGAGCCCGUUGAGACACCUUGCAUCCGCAAGAUUUUCAAUGGACAACUGGUGCAUCACCUCAAGAGGGAAUUGGCGAGAGGCUCCAAGCUUGAAUCCUUGAUUCGAACUCCAAACAGUCUUUCUCGGUAUCAGGAUCUUUAUACAGCGAUUACUGCCAAUCUGGAGGAAGAAGAAGAAAUUGCUGCCGAAAUGCAGAAGUUUCAAUUACGUGCAUCAAGGAACUAAGGGUGUUAGUACCAAAAAGGAGAACGCUGACAGCACCAUCAACCUCUCUGAGCUCAAGAACAGCAUCUGCAGCUUCUUACAGUUCGACAGGUGCUCAAAAAAACGAAAACAACCUGCCAAACGCCACAGCCUUCCCUCAACUAAAAUAUCCCACAGAUGUCAAUUUUUGCAGAAGUUUUACCAAUAGGCUUCACCCUUCUCUGCCCAACAGUUUCCAGCCUCCUUUCCGAGCUAACAAUGAUGGGACGGGAAGGAAUGAAGUGAUAUAGCGGUACCAAGCUGCCUUAACUUCCGAUCAAAUUAAAAAAUUGUCAAGUCAGUGUUAGCUUGCCUCGUUCUGGUUGAAAUAUUUUAAUUCGUAAACUUGCUAUAAUUUCUUUCAAUUAAUCGUCUCUAACAAGAUAAAUUAUAUCAGAAUUAUUACAAUUAUCUCAGACAAAAGUGACUUAACGUUAGAUAGGAAUAUCCUGGAGCCUGUAAAGAUGUGCACUAGCAUUACAGGGUCAAAGACACUGACAAUUUAGAAGGAAUAUUCCUUUUUUUGCCCUUUUAACUCGUACAAAUUAUAUUUUAUUGCUUAUAUACUGCAUUAAUAGAAGCAACUCGUGUAACAAUUGAAGCAGUAGAGAAGUUUCAAUCCUACAAUAACGGAAAUAACAUUUUUGUCCGUUUGAAGGUCUGCAUUAAUGGUUCCUACGCGUCUUUACAUUUCACCAACUACAGUCAAUCUUGUAUCAAAUGGCCACCCACGGGGUUCCACAGAAUAAGGGCAUCAUGUAAAAAACAGGCCUUUUUAUGUCAUAAUUGACUACUUAAUGUACACAAACUCCCUCAAAAAUAUUACAAAACUGAUUUCGGGAGAGAAAUAUAGAUUCAAUUUUACUUAAAUAGUAUUCUUAGUUUUAUUUGAGUACUUCCGCUGCGAAGUGACCGUUCAACACAGGUGGAAGACAAUAGACAAUAGAGGCCGCCAGUACUCACUCUAAGGUGACCGCUUAAUGGAGGUGGAAAUUGAUUAGGGGGAACAAAUUCGGGACUUUGACAACCGACCGCUUAGUGUAAAGUGACCGCUUAAUACGGUGCCUCUUAACUCAGGCUCGAAGGUAUUUACAUUUAUACAUGUUCCUAAAAUAAAACGUAAAUUGUACAACUAUCAAGUGUUGUUAGUAUAGUUUAGAAAGGCCAUUGAUAGACAUUUUGUUGGUAUGUGUUUACUUGCAAUUAACUGUUGAAAACAGCUGUAGUCACACUCAAGCCUGUAUUAAGCAGUCAACUACGGGGUACGGCGGGGUGACCGCUAAAUUCAGGUUUACCGCUUAAGACAAGUUUCAAAGAAUAGGGGUGAAAUAAAAAACGGUGAAAAACGC